UUGACAGUACAGCUAGCUUAGGGGAGAGCAGGGCAGAAAUGGCUGACACCAUAGCUGAUACGAGAAGGCUCUUUACCAAGCCUCAGAACCUAAAUGACGCAUAUGGACCGCCGAGUAACUUUCUUGAGAUUGACGUGCGCAACCCCCAGACUAUUGGGGUUGGAAGGGGCAGGUAUACGACGUAUGAAGUCAGGCUGAAGACUAACCUUCCUAUCUUCAAGCUGAAGGAGUCGAGUGUACAGAGGCGCUACAGUGACUUUGAGUGGCUCAGGGCAGAACUGGAGAGGGAGAGCAAGGUUGUUGUGCCACCUCUCCCUGGUAAAGCUCUGAUCCGACAGCUGCCGUUCCGAGGGGAUGAUGGGAUAUUUGAUGAUUCGUUCAUUGAGGAGAGGCGACAAGGUCUGGAGCAGUUUCUCAACAAAGUGGCCGGUCACCCUCUGGCCCAGAAUGAACGGUGCCUGCACAUGUUUCUACAGGACGCAUCUGUGGACAAGAACUACACCCCGUCCAAAGUCAGACAAGCUUGAAAAGAUGGCGCAGGCCUCCCGGCCCAGUCUGAUUCUCAGCCCACCAAUCCCAAAGUUUGCUCUCUCUUCACUGCUCCUCAGACAAUUAAACAAUUCAAAGAUAGCCACCCCACCCUUUCCCCAAAUGUAUCACCCACUUACCUCUUUUUGUUCCCCCGUUUUAAUAGCAGAGAAUAUUCACAGCAUCAUUGUGGUGUAAAGUAAUAUCUCUCGAUGUCUGGAAAAUGCCACUAAUAUGGGUGUAUAAUUGUAUUUAUCAUUAGCCAUGUCUUGAAUAUUUUCAUUUAUGUAGUAACUUUCCAUGUAUGCAAAGUUCUUGUAAGAGCCACAGCCAUUGUAUAGUAAAUAUUGGCAUGUCGCACUCUUAGUGGGCCUUGAAAGUCAUUGUUGUUUAUCCCCCUCCUGGAAAAAAGUAAGCAUGUGUGUGUCCCAUCAACCAGCACUUGCCCAAGUUAUCGCAUCGCUUUUCUAGAAAGUCAAUUUACACAGAGGGAACUGCAGUAUUUCUACUGGCUAUAUACGCAUUUUGAGAUUUAUAUACUGCUGUGCCAUUAUUGUUUAUUUUGAAGAUUUUCCAAUAAAAUAGGUGAAAUGUCAAGUAUA